AUGAGAGAUUUGUUGGUGUUUUCAGGGUCCUCGAACAAGGGCCUUGCAGAGAGAAUCUGCCGGUGUUUGGGGGUAGAGGAAGGCGAGGUAUCGUUGUCCAAGUUCAGCAAUGGAGAGACCUCUGUUACCAUGGUGGACUCCGUCCGUGAAAAAGAUGUGUACAUCGUCCAGUCCGGCUCUGGCCAUGUGAACGACAACUUCAUAGAGAUGUUGAUCAUGAUAUCGGCUUGCAAGAUGGCUUCUGCCAAAAGGGUGACUGCGGUGUUACCUCUCUUCCCAUACUCGAGACAGCCAGAUGUUCCGUACAACAGGAAAGGUGCACCUCUGGUUUCGAAGACAAAGUCCUCCUAUACUUACGAUAGUGUGCCAAGCACUCCAAGACCAAGUUCUAGAAACUUCUACUCUGCCUCGGAUGUGCAGAAGUUGGAUCUGAACCAGCCGAGACAAUCCGGGGCCAAUGUGUCCAACCUGGUGCUAUCGCCAGCUCCGUUGAGCCCUGCCAAGUCGCCAUUUUUCAAGUCCAGGGUUACUUCAGAUGCUCCAGCAGACAAAGGCUACCAUCCCACUGCAUUGCCAACCAAUGCGAGCUCGCCUGGUCUGAAAGGGUCCGAUGUGAACAGUUUGGUUGGAUACAAACAGUGGAUAGCCCAAUCAGGCACUUUGGUUGCGAAUUUGCUGACUACAGCAGGUGCGGACCACAUCAUUACAAUGGACUUACACGAUCCGCAGUUCCAAGGGUUUUUUGACAUUCCUGUGGACAAUCUCUAUUCCAAGCCACUGUUGCAGCAUUACAUAGCCAACUACAUUCCCAACUACCAGAAGGCGGUGAUUGUGUCUCCAGAUGCUGGUGGAGCCAAAAGAGCAACGUCCGUGGCAGAUGCCUUGGAGAUGGAAUUCGCACUUAUACACAAAGAGAGAAGACAGAAACUUACCAGUGACACUGUCCCCUCGAGCAAUUCGGGUACUCCUUCAAACGGCCCGUACUCGUACUUCCACUCCAACUUAUCCACGGCAAGUCUUUCUGGAGGAACCUCGUCUCCGAUGCUGCAUGGUGGCUCUUUGUCCAAAGAGAAAAUAGUGGCGACCACAAUGUUAGUUGGUGAUGUGGAGGACAAGGUUUGUAUUAUCGUGGACGAUUUGGUAGACACCUCGUACACCAUCACCCGUGCAGCGAAACUGCUGAAGGCUCAAGGUGCCAAGUACGUUUAUGCCAUUGUGACCCAUGGAGUGUUCAGCGGUGAUGCUUUACGCAGAAUACGGUCCAGUGGAAUUGACAAGCUCGUCACCACAGACAGUGUUCCACAAGAAGAUCUCGUCGCUGAGCUCGGAGACAUGGUGGAGGUGCUGGAUGUAUCCAGGAUCUUCGCAGAGGCCAUCAGAAGAAUCAACAACGGAGAGUCUGUUUCGAUGUUGUUUGACCAUGGUUGGUGA